AUGUUGCAACUAGUUGUGCCCCUGCCGCGCGAGGGUCAUGCCAACGAUACGCGAGUCGCCCUGGUACCGCUGAUCCAGGAGGAUGGCCAGAAGUCCAUCAGCUACCUGAAGAAAAAGUUCGUUUACAACAGCACCACCGGGAAGUUCGAGCGGCUCCAUUUCGAGAUCACAUCGCCCUUGGAGUUCUACCUUGGCUCCACCGGACUUACUGCGAAGGAGGUGGAUGAGCGCAAAAGAAAGUACGGCGAGAACAUCUACGACAUCCCUCUGCCAGAUUUUUGGGAGCUUUUCCAGGAGCAUGCAGUGGCCCCCUUUUUCGUCUUCCAGCUGUUCUGCGUGCUGCUAUGGCUCAUGGAUGAGUACUGGUACUACUCCUUGCUCACGCUGUUUCUUCUUGUCGUGCUUGAGGCGCAAAUGGUGCACCGACGGCGCCACGACCUCUCCGAGCUUCGUUCCAUGCGGAUUCCACCCAUGCCCACGCUGGCCUUCAGAGAUGGACAAUGGCAAGAGAUCCAAAGCAAUCAAUUGCUGCCUGGAGACAUCAUCGGCAUCCAACGCAAUCCGGAGGCUUCAUUUCCUUGCGAUGCGCUGCUGUUGCAAGGUAAUGUCCUCGUGAAUGAAGCCAUGCUCACGGGAGAGAGCGUGCCACAAAUGAAGGUCCAUGCCGCAGCAUCGGGCUGCUCCUCAGGCCAAUUGCUGGACAUGCUUGGCCGGCACAAGCAGCACAUCGUCUCUGCCGGCACGAAUAUCAUGAUGCACCAGAACUCGGAGAAAGGCAAGAAUCAAUGGAAGAGGGUCCCAGCCACGCGCACGUCACCCCUUGCGGUGGGUUUUGUCCUAAGGACUGGCUUCGACACGACCCAGGGGAAGCUGUGCCGGACGAUCCUCUUCAGUGCCGACCGCGUCACGGUUUCCAGCAAGGAAGCUUAUUGCUUCAUCGCCAUCCUCCUCUUCUUUGCGGUGCUCGCAUGUAUCUAUGUGCUGUACGAUGGUUUGGUGCUGGUUCCUGCACGUGGGGAGACGCCGAGGUCUACGUUCAAGCUCUUGUUGGCAGUGAGCCACAUCAUCACGUCGGUUGUUCCCCCCGAGUUUCCAAUCAUGCUUUCUCUGGCGGUGAAUUUGAGCCUCGUUGCCUUGGUAUCGAAGCGGAUCUUCUGCACCGAGCCCUUCCGGGUGCCUUUGGCUGGGCAGAUCCAAACAUGCUGCUUCGACAAGACCGGGACGCUCACGAGCGACUCCAUGGAGGUUGGUGGGGUGCACGGUCUGGAGUACCCCGCCCCGCCACUGGUGGAGGCCGUGGAUGAGAAGGAGGUGAGAGAUGUGGUGUCUCCUCCUCUCCAGCAGAAGCUCCCUUUCCUUUCCACCGCGGUGAUGGCUGCCUGCAACGGGCUCACCGUGGUUGAGGGCGAGGUGGUGGGCGAUCCUUUGGAAAAAGCCUCCCUCCAGGCGAUCCGCUGGCUGAUGAAAGCGCCAGAUCUGAUCACAUCGAAGACAGGGAAGGGUCAAGAGCUCCUACACGUUCUCCGGCGUUGGCCCUUCGUGUCUGAGCUUCGCAGGAUGGCGGUCGUCGUCCGCCAUCGGGGGCCCGGGUUGGGCUACCAAGAAACGACAGGAGGUGGAAAGGAUCUCGACCGCGUUCUUGCUCUGGUGAAGGGCUCCUGCGACGCUUUGAAACCCAGACUGGUUCAAGUCCCACCGAACCUGGACGACAUGCAGGACCAGCUUACGAAAUUCGGCUUUCGCGUGCUCUGCCUGGCCGCGAAGGAGCUUCCUGGUGACAAGAGCAUGGAUGCAGAAUUGCUGGAACGAGACGACGUGGAGACCGGGCUCCAGUUUUGUGGGCUCUUGGUCUUGCGGAACUCCGUAAAGCCGAAUACCUCGAAUACUAUCCGGCAACUACGCCAAAGUUACCACAGGGUCAUCAUGAUCACGGGCGAUCAUCCACUGACGGCAUGCCAGGUGGCCAAGAAUGUGAGCAUGGCAGAAAAUCGCUUUCUCGUGCUGGAUGAUGUGGGUGGAUCGGCUGAGGGGCUGGAGUGGAAGUACUGGGACCACCAGGUGCACGACAAGAUCGCGUUCACCGCAGGAGAGGAGCUGCGGAAGUUGGCCCGGAGCCACACGCUCUGCGUCACGGGAGGUGCUCUUGCAAAGAUGACAAAGGAGGAGGUGGCUGCUGUGGUGGAGGUGACGACCGUCUUCGCACGGGUGUCGCCGCAACAGAAGGAGCAGGUAGUAGUGGCGCUGAAUACGAAAUCCCACACCGUCAUGGUUGGAGACGGUACUAACGAUGUUGGCGCCCUCAAGCACGCACACGUUGGAAUCUCCCUCAUGACGACCAGCAUCAUUCCGCGCAUGCCGACGAGGUCACAGGCUCAGAAAUCCGUGAACGAGAUGCUGGCCGAUAACGGUCAGGUUCCCCUGGUGCGGCUUGGCGAUGCCAGCAUCGCCAGUCCCUUCACCUACAAGGGCGAUUCCAUCAAAUGCAGCAUUCAAGUGUUGCGCAGCGGCCGUGCAACGCUCUGCUCAGUCCUCAUGAUGUACAAGAUCAUGGGCCUGAACAGUAUCCUGUCAGCCUUUGCCAUGUCCGCGCUGACCUUGGAUGGAGUCAAGCUCGGCGAUGGGCAAACGGCCAUGGAGUCACUGUUCACGUCGAUGUGCUUCUUUCUGGUCUCCAGGAGUGCGCCUGCAAAGCAGCUGGCAAGGCAGCAGCCGAUCAGCUCCGUCUUCGCCUGGCCAGUCAUGGCGACGCUAGGAAUCCAGCUCAUCAUUCACAUGGCGAUUCUGCUCCCUACCUGA